UUGUGUGAAAGCCUGGUAUUGGUUGAAGUCUUAACCCUCUUUCUUUGCCCUCCAUCAGGCCGCUCCUCGCUCUUCCCCAUCGAUGACCAUCUCCUCGACGACGGCCACGGCAACCAGGGUGUCCCAGGAGUCCUUGGCUCCCCGAACUGUUCCCACCAAAAUGGGGAGCGCAUCGAGCGCUUCUCUCGUAAGGUGUUUGUGGGAGGUUUGCCCCCUGACAUAGAUGAAGAUGAAAUAACCUCAAGCUUUCGUCGCUUCGGUCACCUGGUGGUGGACUGGCCUCAUAAAGCAGAGAGCAAAUCCUACUUUCCACCCAAAGGCUAUGCGUUCCUGCUGUUCCAGGAGGAGACGUCUGUGCAGGCUCUGAUUGAAGCCUGCAUGGAGGAGGACGGGAAGCUCUACCUGUGUGUCUCCAGUCCCACCAUCAAGGAUAAACCUGUGCAAAUCCGACCCUGGAACCUGAGCGACAGUGACUUUGUGAUGGACGGAUCUCAGCCCCUUGAUCCCCGCAAAACUAUCUUUGUGGGAGGCGUCCCUCGCCCCCUGAGAGCAAUUGAGCUGGCCAUGAUUAUGGAUCGUCUGUAUGGUGGAGUGUGCUACGCAGGAAUUGACACAGAUCCAGAACUGAAGUAUCCCAAGGGGGCGGGGCGAGUGGCCUUCUCCAAUCAGCAGAGUUACAUCGCUGCCAUCAGCGCCAGAUUCGUCCAGCUGCAGCACGGAGACAUUGACAAGCGGGUGGAGGUGAAGCCCUACGUCCUGGAUGAUCAGCUGUGUGACGAAUGUCAGGGUGCACGCUGCGGGGGGAAGUUUGCUCCCUUCUUCUGCGCUAACGUCACCUGUCUGCAGUACUACUGCGAGUUCUGCUGGGCCAACAUCCACUCCCGCGCCGGACGAGAGUUUCACAAGCCGCUGGUCAAAGAGGGAGCCGACCGCCCGCGUCAGAUCCACUUCCGCUGGAACUGAAGACGGCGGUCGAAGACACAGUCCGAGGGAAGGGAAAAAGAAACACUGGCUAAACAGGAAGAGCAUCGCUCUGCCUCUCCCGCUCUCCUAAGCUAUCAGUAUAAUCCAGUACGUAACACUAUA